ACACUUCGGUUUUCUAAAAAAAUAAAGAAAAACUCUUAACAGUCCUAGUAGUGCCAUAACUUUGUAGUAUAUGCUAUUCCUUGACAGUUUAAUCAGUUGCAUGGAUAGGAAUUGGAAAUCUCGCCUGAAUAUCUAACAUGGACCACAAUCAUUAAAAAUAUGUGUACUAUAUCAUAGCCUGAGCAUAAGCAUUAAUUUUGGCAUAAACCCAACAUCAACCGUUGGAUCGUUGAUCAGACGGCUGCACUGGAUGCAUCAGCAGAGGUGGCCGCAUCCAAGAUCCAACGGCUCGAUACCACCGGGGCGUCUAUAUAAACCUCCUCCCCAUCCCAGCUUCCUCUCCACUGGUAACCUCCACCUCCUUCCUCGCGUCUCUCUCGGCAGGCGAGCCUCCGCGAACACACCCACUCUUUGGCGACGCGAUGAAGCACCCCGCGAAGCUCCCGUCCCGUGGCGCAGCGUCGUCUUCGGCCGCGACGUCCGCGCACAGGCUCUCCCACUCCAUCGCCAAGGCGCCGCCGCGGAAGAUCAGGAUCAUCCACGUCCUGGCGCCGGAGAUCAUCAAGACGGAGGCCCGGCACUUCCGCGAGCUCGUCCAGCGGCUCACCGGGAAGCCCUCCCCGAACGGCUCCGGCUCGGCGGCGUCCACCGAGGACGCGUCGUCGUCCCCGCCGCAACAGGACUCGUGCGACUCGGCGCGCGACGUCGAGGGCCCCGGCGCCGGCGCCGCGGCGGCGAUCCAGUUGAAGGUGAAGGAGGAGGCCGAGACGUCGUCGGGUGACGAAGGAGGAGGGUUCCUGCGCGCGCUCGAGUUGGACGGCUGCAACGACAUGUUCUUCCAGGGGCUGGAGGAUUUCCUCUUCAGCUCCUGCGACAUGGAGGGUUUCAAUUUCUGAUCAGGUGCAUGCGCUGGGGGAGCUGGGCAUUUUUGUCUUCCAAACCUCUUGAUCCGUCACUCUGUUCCUGCAUUACAGAACAAUCUGUAGUUGUGAGAUGAAGAUCUCGAGUUUGCUCAGUUUGCAAAGAUAAAUCAUCAUCAGACAUGCAUUUCCUCGUU